CGAACCACGCUCUUCGACUGGUGACGCAAAUUUCCCGCCCUCACUUCUGCAAUCCCGUGUGUGUGAAAGUUAGGAAAACAGUGUUUUCACAGAGAUUUCACUUUGGUAUAUUUUGUGUUAUUCGUACCCUUACCACUGGCCAAUGAUGCCUUCCACACAUGACUGGAUUGACAACCCCCUCGGCGUUGUUGAAGGGAUGUUUGCUGUGUCCCAGAACAACCCAGACUCUGCAUGGGAGGCGAAAGCAAUUGAAUUCUUUAAAGAUCAGCUGAAAGAGAAGGAUGCUCAUACCUGGGUCCCGUCUUUGAACGAUGUCCCUCUGCAUUACCUGAAGCCCAACAGCCUGGUGAAAUUUCGCUGCUUAAUCCAAGACAUGUUCGAUCCCGAGUUCUACAUGGGAGUGUAUGAGACGGUCGAUCCAUCUACAAAGACUAAAGUACUGCGAUGUGGGAAGUACAAAGAUGUGACAGAAUGUGGGGUGGAUUUUAAUUCCAGGAACACUGUGACUGCAGAGCGACAGACUUUCUACUGUGUGCCAAUCCCGGGAGAAAAUCCCUGGGUGAAAGAGAGUUACGCCAGCUCUAGCCAAGCCAGAGUUGUUCCUUCCACUUCGUAUGCGCCGACCAGACAGAAGCGCAGCUACGAGGAAGACGACGAUGACAUGGACGACAUGGACACACAGCCACAGAAGCAGAGGGACUCACAUACUGUUGCAGGUCCUCAGAGUCCCACAGAACAACACGGUAAUGGUGACUGUAAGCGGCAGGAGACAGAAGCUCCUUCCAGCCAGACAGCAUCUGCCUCCCAUCUCGACCUCAACUUCCCCCUACCCGGAGAGAAAGGCCCCUCCUGCCUAGUCAAGGUGUAUGAGGACUGGGACAGCUUCAAACUGAACGACACACUGGAGGUUUACGGGAUCCUCUCUGUCAGUCCUGCUCUCAGCGCUCUGGCCGACGAGAAAGACGGCUCCUCAUCCCUCCUGGACCCUACAGAGUCCAUGGAGACGGCAGAGGAGCAGAGAGUGCACAGCCCUCCGGCCUCACUCGUCCCUCGCCUCCACAUGCUUUAUGCCAGGCCACUGCCACACAACAACAACCCCCUGCUGCCCUCUGCCGCCCUGGAGGACCACAGUGCCUUUUUAUCUUCGACCCUUGGUGAGAUGGCCUCCGUCAGGGCAGAGUUGCUCACGUACUUUUCUCACAUCCUUCUGGGAGAUGCCCUGGCCGCUGAGUACCUCAUUCUGCAUCUCAUUUCGAACGUGUACAGUCGACGGGAUGUCCUCCCACUGGGCAAGUUCACCUUGAACCUGAGUGGCUGUCCUGUUGUUGCUUCGUACAGUCAGCGCUUGUACCAGAUCAUCCAACAGCUUGUGCCCUCUUCGUACUAUCUGGGUAUGAGCCUCCAGAACAUGAACCAGAUGCGGUUGGUGCCUAAGAAGGACUAUGUGGCCAAUCGGCUUGUGAGUGGGGCCCUGCAGUUGGCCCAGAACACUUCCCUCUUCCUGGAUGAAACCCAGCUGGAGCAGGGACAGCUCGACACAACAGGUGUACGUAAUGUCACAGCUCUGGGGAACCUGAUCUCAUGGCAGAAGGUUGAUUAUGACUUUAACUACCACCAGAUGGAAUUCCCCUGCAAUAUUAACGUGGUCAUCGUGUCAGAGGGCCGCUCACUGCUGCCGUCUGACUGUCAGAUACACCUACAGUCUCAGGUCAACCCACCACACAUGGAGGAGUACCUCAGCAGCAUCCACAUGCACCCGCAGGCUUCAUCACAGCUGAACAAGUUCAGAAUCUACCUGAGUGUGGCUCGCCAGCUAGACUACAGCAUCUCUGAUGAAAUGACAAAGGCAGUCGAAGAAGACUUUGUUGAUAUGAGGAAGGAUGACCCAGAGAGCGUAUCUGCCGAGGACCUCCACAGGCUGCUCGUUGUGGCAAGGUUGCUGUCUCUGAGCCUGGGACAGACCUCUCUGUCCAGAGACAGCUGGCUGAGAGCCAAACACAUCGACAUGCUGCGGAGGAGCCGGAUGGAGCAGCACAAGCGUGUCAACGGCAACGAGCCGUGAUCACAGAGAGACAAAGGGGAGCGCUUUUGAUUUUCUUUUUGAUACCUAAAAAAAAAAAAAAAAAGUUUGUAAUAAAGAUGUUUGUAUGUACACAUUUUGGUGUCUCAGUGUUGCUGCAGACCAAACUUUGUUUACAAAGAUUUUUUUUAAAAAUCUCAAAUAUGUAAAUACAAUAGUGAGGUCUAGAAGAUCAUUUCCUUUUUUCUUCUUCAGUCAGUAGACAUGGAGUCAGUUGCCAGUGUACGUAAAGAACAAACAGUCUGAUAUGCUGGCAUAAAGACUUCUUGUUGAUGGAUUUGACAAUAAACUUCAAUGCAAUGCUCUUUCA